AUGCCACAAGACCACUACGAGAGCGAGCCUCUUCUAAACCAUGAAAUAACUCAUCGCGACACUAUAGACGAUCGCCACCGGGUCUCAUCAGACCUGGAGGAUGAUGAUAUAACUUACGUCAAGCAACAGAUUCAACAAAAUUCAACAAAACCCUUCUACUCGCGUCCUAGUGUUUACGCGAUAAUCUUUUUGAUAGGGUUGCUCACAUUGAGCUCCUCGAGUGCAGAAGGCACGCGACAAACGCUCAUCUACUCCAAAGCCUUAGAAUCUACCAAGAGCAAGGAGGACGUCCCUUACGUGGUGGCGCGCUUUAAUCAAUACUUUUUGGUGGGGACUACUGCCACGGCGUUGAUUCCAAUUGCAAAAUUUGGCGAGGUGUCUAGUGUAUAUGGUAGGAAGUUCUAUUUUGUGAUGGUUAUAAUCACUAUAACCGUUUCACGUAUGCUUCAAUACUACCUUUUCAGAAAUUACGAGGGUUUACAAUUUGGAAAGCUACUUCUCGCCAACUACGUUUCGUGUUUAUUUGGUGGAGUAAAUAUCAUAGGAGCGUUAACUGAACUGUACGUUUCCGAUUUCACUCCUCCAGAAAGGAGGAUAUACCAAUUUGGGUUGGCUUCGUCGGCCACUUUUAUAGGGCAGCUGUUUGGGCCUUUGAUUGGCACAUUGAUCGGUAAUUGGGCAGCCGGUAACAAAUCAAGCAACGUGGCAACAGGCGAAGGUGACUUUACAGUGUUGAGGUUUGAGCUAUUGGCUUUGCUUGUGCUUCUGUUUUAUGUUGUUACCCUAUUCCCAGAGUCAAGAAAUGAGCUUGCACAGGAGAGAUCAGAAGAGCGGUUGGUGGAACAAGUGCUAGAGGAAGAUGGAAGGGGUGAUUUGGAGGAUAACGUGUCUGAUCUUGAAACGAAACGCAUAGUAUUGCGUCAAAUAUUCAAAAGCUUAGACAUUAUUCAGCCAAUCAAGAUCCUUACCUACCCUAGUGGUGUGGCAAAAGUAAACAAAAUGCAUAGCUUACUCACAAUUAGAUUUGUGGUUGUGUCCUUGGUGUUGAUCUAUGCAUUGUAUCAAACGUUGAUUUUCUCUUUGAACCAGGUUGUCAUUGAGUAUGGGCAAUACCAGUUCGACUGGAAGUCAAAUAAUGUUUCCUACUUGUUAUCGACAAUCUCCGUCUCCCGUGCCAUCUCCCUUGUCUUUGUUUUGCCAUUUUUCGAAAAAACAAUAUUGAGAGGGGUCUUUUCUUUGAGACCAUUGAACCGUCUGUUUGAUAUGGUGGAGUAUGUUUUAAUGCUACUGUCGUUUGCAGUUGCCAUAGCAGUAUUUGUUGCAUUUUAUCUCUCCCAGAGCAAAGGGUUUUAUGUUGCCGCUGGGUUCUUUUCAAUUGAUGCGUUCAUUGGCCCUGUUUUUGACUCUACAAUUAUCAAGUUUUUCAAUGCCAAUCCGGGACUAGUAUAUGGCGGGAUUACCUUGCUUGUGUCAUUGAUGAAUUUAGUGUCGCCAAUUAUAGUCACUUGGAUCUACGAGAUGGCGUUGAAUGUGGGACAAGCAAAUCUUGUGUAUUUGUUCUAUGCAUUUUGGAUGGGAGUUUUUAUUGCAAUUGUGUACUUGUGUAAACGAGUUUUACGUUUGAACAGGGACACAACUGAUAAGGAGCUCAAACGAAUCAAUUAA